AGUGCUUUUGUUUUUGAUGGUAUAUUCAGGAUUAUACGGUUAAAAACGAGAUUCCUUAGAAAAUUACCCAUGUCGCCUGCUCUAUCGAAGUCCUGACAAUUUUCCAGAGUACAUGCCCAUCAGAAAUUUGUCCAUUACGCUUCUUUGGAGUAGUAUUAUAGUACUGUAAGUUGGAUGAUGCGUACUUCCGGAUUGCCAGCGAUAGAAUCUGUCGUAGCAUCACGACACGUCAUGUUGAGUAACUUUGCAAUCAUUGCAAUCAACUUUGUGACAGAGGAAUCAUAUGCUCACUCUUGCACAUUCUUGUACUAGUCCUCACUGUUCGACGCAUUCCGCACAACCUCAUGAAACCACGGAGUGAGAGAUCCAGGACAGAAUUGUGGGCAGAAGACCAUCGACCCUUUUGCAUAGGGCUGGCCACACCUGGUGAUGUUCCGGGCUCGAAUAUGAGAUGUCGUUAUUCGAUUGGAUCGUAGUAAUUUGGCAAUGAGCUGUUUCCUGGUGCCCCCUGUUGGUAGCUUGCAAGGUGAUGCAUAAGAGUUAAUGAAUGUCAGUUGCACAUCGAAUGUCUUGAAUAAUCCCGGGGUUUCCGUAUGAAAUCUUGUUCGAUGCAGGUUCUAAUGCCAUUUGGACCUUUUAAAUCCUGCUUAAGGUUCUUAAAUUUUAGGUUUACGUCUGAUAUCCUGCGGGUUUUGAAGAACUGAGGAAUUAUUUCGGUGCCAAUUUGAUGUUUUAGGGUUGCAGCGCUUGUCAAAUUGGCCAAUUUCUGAGGAGCACUCUCCAAAGAGUUUAGGGCUUAGGGUUUAGGGCUUAGUCUGUGUGCGUCCUCUGCUCUGGAUUUUUGUUAACCCACUGCUGAUUUCUGAAGAAUCUUAGUGCCGAGAGCAAGGUUGUGUACAGCCAUGUUGGUUCGUAGAAUGGUGCAGCUCCAAAAGCAUUUAGCUCCUGUCAUCUCCAACUCUUUUUGUCUGAGCCGGCAAUACAGCAGCGGACCGGACGUGCGAGAGUUCAUGGGGAAAGGAUUAACAGCACUGGGUGAAAUUGAGCGUCUCUCGCCGUAUACUGACUUCAAUGAUAUUCGUCUAAGGCCUUUGCUUAAGACAGCUAAGGAGAGCUUUGAGCUGGCUUUGGAGGUUGACAAAGAUAAUGUCGUAGCUAUGUUGUGGCUGGCCCGGCUUCACCUCUAUUACAAUAUUCCAGGAGCGUGCUUGAGGAGUGGGGCGAACUUGUUGGAAACAGCUGCUGAAUCCGGACUCGCUGAUGCCCAAUACGAGCUCGCAUGCCGAAUCCGCUCAGAGGCUGCACUGUUGGGUGAUGGCGAUGCAAUGGAUGAUAGAACAUUUAAGUACUUAGAAUCAGCAGCUUGCCAGAAACACGCUGGAGCCCUGUUUCUAGUUGGGACGAUGUAUCUAUCUGGCAAACAUGUGCGUCGAGAUUCUAAAGCAGCCGCCUGGUGCUUCCGCAAAGCUGCAGAACAGGGGUACAUACCUGCAUCUACGGUUUAUGCAUCGCUAGUUAGCAAAGGUGCAAAUUGGGAAGAACAAAACACAGCGGGGGACCAUGAUGACAAGGAUACUGAGCAGGGAAUGGAGCUCAGAAAGAGCUCAGCACAGCAGGAAACGGAGAAGCCACUAGAGCUUAGUGCAGCUGCACAAUUCCACUUUGACAAGGCAGCUGAAGCUGGUGAUCCUCUGGCCUUGGAGUGGUUGAAAAGAGUGCCUCAUGCGAAAGAACCCGAAAAUCUUCGAGUUAGCUAAAUGGAUUGUGUACUCUUCCUAUUGUUGAAUAAUUGCAAAAAUGCUUAAUCGUAUGUAAAGGUGUAAUUGUUGGUUGACAAUUAUUUUAUCCUUUGAUUA